CCCGCGAGCGCUCCCGCCUCACGGCUCCGUGUCUCUCUCCCCCUCCUCUCUCCCUCUCUCUCACGCUCAGCGCAAUGGCGGCGGCAGCGGCGGCGGCGGCCGAGCAGCAACAGUUUUACCUGCUCCUGGGGAACCUGCUCAGCCCCGACAAUGUGGUGCGGAAACAGGCGGAGGAAACCUAUGAGAAUAUCCCUGGACAAUCUAAGAUCACAUUCCUCUUGCAAGCCAUCAGAAAUACAACUGCUGCUGAGGAGGCUAGACAAAUGGCUGCUGUCCUCCUACGACGUCUUUUGUCCUCUGCUUUUGAGGAAGUUUAUCCAACUCUUCCUUCUGAUGUUCAGAAUGCCAUCAAAACUGAACUACUAUUAAUUAUUCAGAUGGAAACACAGUCUAGCAUGAGGAAAAAAGUCUGUGAUAUUGCUGCUGAGCUGGCCAGGAAUUUAAUAGAUGAGGAUGGCAAUAACCAGUGGCCAGAAGGUCUGAAGUUCCUUUUUGAUUCAGUCAGUUCUCAAAAUGUGGGACUGCGGGAAGCUGCCCUUCACAUUUUCUGGAACUUUCCUGGAAUUUUUGGAAAUCAACAACAACAUUAUUUGGAUGUCAUCAAACGGAUGUUGGUUCAGUGUAUGCAAGACCAGGAACAUCCAGCGAUCAGGACAUUAUCUGCAAGAGCUGCAGCUGCAUUUGUGCUUGCAAAUGAGCAUAAUGUUGCAUUACUCAAACAUUUUGCAGACUUGCUACCAGGAAUCUUACAGGCCGUAAAUGACUCAUGUUACCAGAAUGAUGACUCAGUCCUAAAAUCCCUUGUUGAGAUUGCAGAUACUGUUCCAAAGUACUUACGUCCCCACUUAGAAGCUACUCUACAGCUGAGUCUAAAGUUAUGUGCAGACACUAGCCUCAAUAAUAUGCAACGUCAACUUGCCCUUGAAGUAAUAGUGACCCUGUCUGAGACGGCUGCUGCUAUGCUGAGAAAACAUACAAAUAUUGUUGCACAGGCUAUUCCUCAGAUGUUAGCAAUGAUGGUAGACCUGGAAGAGGAUGAAGACUGGGCAAAUGCUGAUGAGCUGGAAGAUGAUGAUUUUGACAGUAAUGCAGUUGCUGGUGAGAGUGCAUUAGACAGAAUGGCUUGUGGGCUUGGUGGCAAGCUUGUUUUGCCAAUGAUCAAGGAACACAUCAUGCAGAUGCUUCAGAACCCUGAUUGGAAAUACCGGCAUGCUGGAUUAAUGGCUUUAUCUGCCAUUGGAGAGGGUUGUCACCAGCAAAUGGAAGGGAUUCUAAAUGAAAUAGUUAAUUUUGUUUUGCUUUUUCUUCAAGAUCCUCAUCCAAGAGUGAGGUAUGCUGCCUGUAAUGCAGUUGGACAAAUGGCAACAGACUUUGCACCUGGUUUCCAAAAGAAAUUCCAUGAGAAGGUGAUUGCAGCUCUUUUACAAACCAUGGAAGACCAAGGUAAUCAGCGUGUCCAAGCGCAUGCCGCAGCAGCUCUUAUUAAUUUUACCGAAGAUUGUCCCAAAUCGCUGCUUAUUCCAUAUUUAGACAAUUUGGUGAAACAUCUUCAUUCCAUAAUGGUGAUUAAACUUCAGGAGCUGAUUCAGAAAGGCACCAAAUUGGUUUUGGAACAAGUUGUGACUUCUAUUGCAUCAGUUGCAGAUACGGCAGAAGAAAAAUUUGUCCCGUAUUAUGAUUUGUUUAUGCCAUCUCUAAAACACAUAGUCGAAAAUGCUGUUCAGAAAGAGCUUAGACUUCUGAGAGGAAAAACUAUUGAAUGUAUUAGUCUUAUUGGUCUUGCUGUUGGGAAAGAAAAGUUUAUGCAAGAUGCAUCAGAUGUGAUGCAACUAUUGCUGAAGACACAGACAGACUUUAGUGAACUGGAAGAUGAUGACCCACAGAUAUCUUACAUGAUCUCAGCAUGGGCUAGAAUGUGCAAGAUCCUAGGAAAAGAGUUUCAGCAGUACCUUCCUGUGGUUAUGGGUCCUUUAAUGAAGACGGCAUCAAUUAAACCUGAAGUGGCUCUCUUAGAUACACAAGACAUGGAAAAUAUGAGUGAUGAUGAUGGCUGGGAAUUUGUGAACCUUGGAGACCAGCAGAGUUUUGGAAUUAAAACAGCAGGCCUUGAAGAAAAAUCAACUGCUUGCCAGAUGCUGGUUUGUUAUGCAAAAGAAUUAAAGGAAGGAUUUGUGGAGUACACCGAACAAGUUGUAAAGCUGAUGGUUCCCUUGUUGAAAUUCUAUUUUCAUGAUGGUGUCCGAGUGGCAGCUGCAGAAUCCAUGCCCCUUCUCCUGGAAUGUGCAAGAGUCCGUGGUCCCGAAUACCUCACCCAGAUGUGGCACUUCAUGUGUGAUGCCCUUAUCAAAGCUAUUGGAACAGAGCCAGAUUCUGAUGUCCUGUCGGAAAUCAUGCAUUCUUUUGCAAAGUGCAUUGAAGUAAUGGGAGAUGGAUGCCUUAACAAUGAACACUUCGAAGAGCUUGGAGGAAUACUGAAAGGCAAACUUGAAGAACACUUUAAAAAUCAAGAAUUAAGACAGGUUAAAAGACAAGAUGAAGACUAUGAUGAACAAGUAGAAGAGUCCUUACAAGAUGAGGAUGACAGCGAUGUUUAUAUUCUGACUAAAGUGUCAGAUAUUUUACAUUCAAUAUUUAGUAGCUACAAGGAAAAGAUACUGCCAUGGUUUGAACAGCUGCUUCCACUAAUUGUCAAUUUAAUUUGUCCUCAUAGACCGUGGCCAGACAGACAGUGGGGAUUGUGCAUCUUUGAUGAUGUCAUAGAGCACUGCAGUCCAUCUUCUUUUAAAUACGCAGAAUAUUUCCUAAGGCCAAUGCUACAGUAUGUAUGUGACAACAGCCCAGAAGUCAGGCAAGCUGCUGCUUAUGGCCUAGGCGUUAUGGCGCAAUUUGGUGGAGAAAAUUAUCGUCCUUUUUGCACAGAAGCACUUCCAUUGCUGGUAAGAGUGAUUCAGUCUGCAGAUUCUAAAACCAAAGAAAAUGUUAAUGCAACUGAGAAUUGUAUCUCUGCAGUAGGGAAAAUUAUGAAGUUCAAACCUGACUGUGUUAAUGUUGAAGAAAUCCUACCACACUGGUUAUCAUGGCUUCCACUUCAUGAAGAUAAAGAAGAAGCAGUUCAUACUUUCAAUUAUCUAUGUGACCUAAUUGAGAGUAAUCAUCCAAUUGUUCUUGGUCCGAACAAUUCCAAUCUGCCCAAAAUAUUCAGCAUAAUUGCAGAUGGUGAAAUUCAUGAGGCUAUUAAACAUGAAGAUCCCUGUGCCAAACGUCUGGCUAAUGUUGUUCGCCAAGUACAGACUUCUGGAGGAUUAUGGACUGAAUGCAUAUCACAGCUCAGUGCUGAGCAGCAGGCGGCUAUACAGGAGCUCCUGAAUUCUGCUUGAAGGGCCUUAAUAUCACCUACCAGAAAAACUAACUCCAAAUAAACGUUUACCCUUUUGUUUAGGUUUCUUUGUUUUGUUUUUGAGCACAAAAGAACUGUAGUGCGUGUAGGCCAUUCUUCUGCAAAGCGGCCAGGAAGGAGAAGCACCGGGUGUCAGAAUGGUGUUUAACUGGAUGCCCAUCAUAAGACCGAAGAAGUUCCCUGUAAACCUUACCGUAGAACUGAAGAGUAUUUUUCUAUCGGUAUAUGCCACCUGUGGGAAGGUGAAAGGGAAACAAAAUGAAUUUUCUCAUUAGACAUAAUGAAUUUAAGAAAAACAGCUUUAAGACCAGUUAUUCAGCAGUAGAUGUGCAUUUUAACAGAAAACAUUUCUAUACAUCUAGUGUUAAUUGUAUUAAUUGGAGUGUGAGUCUUUUUGUAGGGUGGAAAGAAGCCUUCUACCCAGCACACCAGUAGAUCACAAAGUAAAAAUCUGAAGACAAAAACAUCAAGCAUGAAGAUCUCAUAUUGAUGUCACUUUGAGUUCUUUUUUCCUAAAAGACUUGUGCAGUGACUCAAUGUGGGAAGCUAUUCAGCUUCUAGCCCUUGAAUGUGAAGUGUCUUUGGCAUGUCUGACAGAGUCUCUCAUUCACUCCUCAAUAAACAACAUUGAAUUACAAAAGAGGCUUGUGUACAAAUUCAGUGCUGUGUGGCUUUAUUCAUUUAAUUCUUUUAAAGAUGUAACAAUAACUUGAUAUCACUUUAAAUCACAGCUUGGCUUGUAUGUUUGUUUGUUUGUCUUCCUAGUAAGAUUUGCCUUAUGCAAUUCAAAUUUUAAGCAUUUUGUGUUUUUACCUUUUCCCACUGAUUUUAAAAUAAUUAGCCAUUGCUGUGAUACUGUUAACUCUUUCACAAUUGAUGAUCACAUAUUCCUUGAGAUUUAGAUAUCUCAGCAACUACAAUUUGUUUUAAUUAGGUUUAUCCUGAUUAAUUGCCUAUUCCAAACUUAAACGAUUUGGUUAAUAUUCUGGUUUUAAAUUGCAGCUACUGGAAUGCCACACAAAUCGCCAAUCUAUUGACAUUAUUAUGGAAUAUUAUGACUAAAAUAUUUAAUUGAUAAAUUCAGCAAAAAGUUUCAUGUGUCUGAAUGUUUUUUUCUUUAUGUAUUUAUUAACCUCAUAGCAGUAAAUAGCUUACUGUUGUUUCUUUGAAUAUACAAUUUUCUAAGGGAUCUUAUAAGAUUUCUGUUGAAAGCUUCAGUGUUAACAUUUUAUAGUUUGUACUAAACUUAACCGUGAUAUGAAAAUGAACUUUAUGCCUAGACCAGAAAAUUAACUUUUCAGAAUUAAAGAUUUUUCAUUAAAUGAUUUGCAUCACUUUCUUAAAACAAAUUCAAAAUGUACUGAAGUGCUUGUUAUAUUUUUAAGGUCCCCCCAUUGUUAUUUGAAGCAUUUGCAGAUUUGAGCACAGAGACUAUAUGGUUUUCAGUAGCUGUAACCAAACAGGACAUCAGUCUACCCCUUGGUUAAUUUUAUUAUUUUAAAUAAUCAUCAACUAACUGUGAUUGGGUGUUCACUUAAUUUUUUGUGUAAGGUGCUCUAUCAACUAAUAUAUAUAUAUUUAUAUAUAUAUAUUUAGUAUUUCAAUAAUGAGGUUUUAUUCCAAGGCUGGUCAUUUGAAACUUCUAUAACCUCCAAUCCAAGUAAAAGUAAAGCCUAAGAAAAAGCAGUAGUGGGUCUGGUUCAAGUGUGUGGGAGGUCCUUACACUUGAUAUUUAACAUCUGCCCCAAAUAAUUAAAGCUGAAUGUUUUAACUAUUUCCUUUGAUCAAUUAAAAACACCACUUUGAAGUAUGUCCUCAGGUUCUCAUUCUGAAUGUCAGGUGAAAUCAGGUACAGUAGUCUGCAAAUUGGAACAAAGUAAAACAUUGACUUGCACAAUAAACCUUACAACUUUUUAUAUCUUUAAAAACAUGUUACAUGUUCUGUGUCCCCUUUUGGCUGCAGUUAUUUGACAUUUACACUAAUAUUUUGACAUUCAUUAUGAAACCAUUCUUUUAUCUCUGGAUAUUAAGCAUCUCUUUAAACAGUCCCUCUUUUUUCCAAGUCUAGUGAGUUCUCGGGCCAUUGAAGCAUAUUCAUUUCCAUCUUGCAGAGAAAUUUCUUAACUUCUUGUGACUUGUGGCAUGACACGAGGUCAUGUUGCAGAAUUCUAUCCUCAAUUUAGUAAUUAUAGAAUUCUGCAACAAUUGUGUUUCUUGGUAUUAUUUAACAGUAUUUAUAGUACCCUCGGUAAUAAGAUAUCCAAGUCCACUGGAAGUAAAAUCCCCAAGACAUUUUUAGGAUAUUUUGGUUAAAUGAAAAUCUCCACAUCUCACAAACUCAUCUAGAUGUAUUCUGAAAAGUUUUUAUAUAGCUUUGAAUGAAGAAGUGGGUUUCACCAAUAAAAUUUUUACAGUCUUCA